CCAGAAGGGACCAUCUCUAAUCAGACAGAUGCAGCUCACUGUGAAUCCUGCCCAGAAGACCAAUAUCCCAACAAGGACAAGGACCAAUGCAUUGCCAAGAAGAUCCAUUUCCUUGACUAUCAAGAAACCCUGGGAUACGUUUUAAUCUCUCUCACUCUUUUUCUCUCUGUGACCACUUCUGCAGUCCUGGUGAUUUUCUAUAAACAUCAUGACACAGCAAUUGUCAAGGCCAACAACCGAAAUCUCACUUACAUCCUCCUGGUCUCCCUCCUGCUCUGCUUCCUCUGCUCCUUCCUCUUCAUUGGUCGACCAGGGAAGAUUACCUGUCUCUUCCGACAAUCUGCCUUUGCCAUUCUCUUUGCCCUUGCAGUUUCCUCUGUGUUGGCAAAAACUGUCAUGGUGGUUCUGGCCUUCAUGGCCACCAAGCCAGGAAACAGGACAAGGAAACUCUUAGGAAAACCACUGACUAACUCUAUUGUCUUAGCUUGUCCCCUGGUCCAAGCAGUACUUUGUGCCACCUGGCUUGGAACCUCUCCUCCAUUUCUCAACUUGGACUUCCACUCCUUGUUUGGAGAGAUUAUUUUGGAAUGUAAGGAAGGCUCAUCUUUAAUGUUUUACAUUAUCCUUGGUUAUCUAGGUUUUUUGGCCCUUGUUAGUUUCACUGUGGCAUUUCCAGCUAGGAAAUUACCUGACAGUUUUAAUGAAGCCAAGUUCAUUACUUUCAGCAUGCUGGUCUUUUGCAGUGUUUGGAUCACUUUCCUCCCCACCUACCUGAGCACCAAAGGAAAGUCCAUGGUGGCUGUGGAGAUCUUCUCCAUUUUGGCCUCUGUAGCUGCUCUCUUGGCUUGUAUCUUUUUUCCCAAAUGCUACAUUAUUCUACUGAGGCCCAAUCUGAAUUGCAGAGAAAAUAUAGUAAGAAACAAGACUUUCUAA